CGCCAAGCCGGGCGUGAAGUCCUGCGCUGCACGAACUUGCGAGAAGUCUCAGGGUUGUUGCUCUCUGAGAGCAACAAAACUUGUUUUGCGUGUGAAAUACGGUACCAAAAAAAAAACAUGACCCAAUAUUGCCUACCUAAUGAGGUGUAAAGAUGUUUUAACUAAAAGUGCGCGACUUCAAGUAGCAGCUAUGGAGUGUAGCUAUGUGUACAUUUGCAAAAAAAUCGCUCAAAGUGAACAAGUCGGUGACAGUUGGUGCAAGAAGAUUCUUGUUUGGUCAAAAUUAAGUUGAGCAUUCCAUAUAACAAACUUGAAAUUAGGAGUCCGAUAAAUUAACAAGUUCGUAGUAUGGAAGAUAAGAAAGGAUCUCGCGUGGGUGGUACCAAAGUGUCUCAAAUAGCCAACAUCUUCCAGAACAAGGCGCCCAUCAGAGAAGACAUAAUCACACCGUUACGCACCAAGCCAAAACACCUAGAAUCGGAUAAAAAAGAAUCGGAAGGUCCCAACGUUACAGUCAUGCGUACCGAAUCACACGUAGCAAGGUUUAACAACGCGCGAGCGUUAUUCGAAAAACUGGGUGAAGAAAAUCGCACCACCAGGGAUAAAGUAAUUCCGCUACAGUCGACUAAAAGUGCUUCCAGUAUUUUGGACGUGAGAUCUCGAAGUAGUUCCGCCAAUAGUGAGAAUAGGGAUACGAAAUCGCAUCACGGUUCAAGGUCGCCAUCGCCUCCUUCGCUUUCGAAAGAUGGUCUAAAUAAUUUUAGUAAUAGUGUACCUGUGUUAAACAGUAGUGUUCCCGUUGGCAAAAUGAACGGGCAUAAGGUCAACGGGUCGGUUAAUAAUAACGAAAGCGUUACGAAACUUGAUGAGGAAAGGACUAAACCCUCCAUCAUGAAAAAACCCGAAAAACCCGAACGAAAAUUUAAUAGCAAAGAAUUGAUCGAGAAGCAACGAAAUUGGACGUCGCACUUUUCGAAAUCUCGCAGUUCGUCACGAUUUAAUAGUGAUCCGAAUAAAGCGGAAGUGAAAUUUGCGGUAACCAACGGUAAUAAAGAAACGGUUAGCGAUAGUAACAAAAACAUAACGACACGAAGCGCGUCAUUCAAUAAUAAAUUACCAACCCCUCCCACGUCACCCCCUCCCCAAUUAGAACGCACAGAGCCGGUACGAAGGCAAAAUGUCGUGCGACGAAAUAGGCCCGCCUCUGUAAUUCCAACGACAAACAUCACUUCCAACUACAGAAGAUCGUUCGAUAAAGACUCUACUUCCGAACAACCCGUUAUCCCUUCCAAUUCGACUGAAUCACCUAAAACGUUGUUUCCUAAAAACGAAGUGCCAGAAGUUAAUCACGAGUCCUGUCUUAAAAGCAAAUCGCCGAGUCAGGAUAGCCUGCGACCAUCGUCGGCCGCAUCGUCGACGUCGUCAAGGUCGCCGAAUAGUUUUAGUAAAUCGCCCUUAGAGGAAAAGGAACGUAGUAGAGACAAUUUGUCCGGCACAUCCGGUAGUCUGUCUUCCAUUAGUCCGCCGAGCAGUCCGAGUCGGGUUAAAACCGAGGACGAGAAGCAGGAACAGGAGAGCAAUGAAAAGUGUUCCGUUACAGAUAAUGUCGACCAUAGUAAGCAAAUUGAAGAAAAGUGUGAAGAUAUUGCUGUGCAACGUCGAACGAAAGUGUCCAGUAUUUCACUCAACAUUCCAGCGGCGGGCUUGGGUAACCGCCCCCCAUCACUCGUCAGUACAUCCACCUUAGAUGAGGGGGGCUUUAACGAACCGUACCCCGAAAUUAAAGCCAAACUAAAACCUUUCGGCGAUCGAGACGACCAGGAAGAGCACACCGAGACUGAAUCGAGCAGCUCCACACCGCUAGAUGCAAAAUCGAGACUCCAGGAGAUAGAAGCGCUAUACGCUGUUCCCCACAAACCGACACAACAAAAAUCGGCGCCGACGACGAGCUCGGAGCUCACGCAUCAGAAGUCGACCGACUCGGACGUUUCCCAAGUGACUGUCAUACAGCAAAAGUCGAUCGACUCCGAUGUGAUGUACCACAACGUCACGAAAUCCCUCUCGAAUUCGACGCUCGCGAAACUGGAAAGCCAGGAGAGUUACGAGAGGGCCUGUCGGGAAUUCUUGCGGCGCGAGAGAGAUUUCGCGAGCGAAACUGUAAAUACUACCGAUCUAAAUGUAAAUUGCAAGACUGAUUCGGAAUUAAGCGAAAGUAGGUUAGGUAGCAAUCUGAUAUUAAACUUACAGCAGGAAAUUAAGUCUGAAGCUAGCAUACUAGAUUUAAAUGACGUCGAAUUCGCCGACGCCAGCGACGAAGAAAUCGAACCGGUUUACUCGGAUAUAAAGGAGCUGGUCGCGGAUACGAUGACACCGGACGAGGCCGAAAAUUUACUUAGUUCAAACAGAAUUUUGGAAAAGAGAAUUCGGCAAGAACUCUUAUCCGAUGAAGAAGCUCAGGAGGUAACUCGACUACUAAGUCCAAUUGAAGUGCAAGAAAAUCACUGGCACCCAAAUACAUCCAGUUCGUUUCUUCAAGAGCCGACAUCAGGCCCAAACUCACUGUUGGACUCCAUCGGACCACACUCGCUAAACGACAGCCUAGUCCAGUCAUCUUUACUGGAGGAUUCGCACACGGAGUCCGUCGCGGACGGAUACGACGAUUUAAUUCCACAAACGCACCCCUAUUCGACAGGACUUACAAAAGAGUCUUUGUCCAGCAUCGAUGUUUCGAGUUACGAUGAAGGGGUCUCAUCUAAAAUGGAGUCGAGCGUCUCCGAUUCAGGUUUAAUUGAUUCGGUUACAAGUAUUUCCGAUGGAAAUGCGGAAAACUGCAAGGAUUUCAGACCGGAACGCGUUAAAAUCGUUGGUAUCGAGCACGGCGUGCAUUACUACGAGGACGGGCACUUCUUCAUGGAAGUUCCAGGUCUGCCGCAGGAGGACGAUGACGACGAUCUCGAUUUUCCAGUCUACGUGCGUAAACCUUCCAAGGUGUCGUUUUCGACGGGGCCAAUUACAGUCUAUUCCACCUUCAGUAUUAGCGAAUACGAUCGACGGAAUGAGGAUGUUGAUCCGGUUGCGGCAUCUGCAGAGUACGAAUUGGAGAAGCGUGUCGAAAAGAUGGACGUUUUUCCGGUUGAAUUGGUUAAAGGUCCAGAGGGACUUGGGUUAAGUAUAAUUGGAAUGGGAGUGGGGGCUGACGCUGGAUUAGAGAAACUUGGGAUUUUUGUGAAAACUAUCACGUCGAAUGGUGCAGCGGCUCGCGACGGGCGCAUUCAUGUGAAUGAUCAAAUUAUUGAAGUAGACGGAAAGAGUUUAGUUGGCGUAACCCAAGCAUAUGCAGCAAGUGUCUUGAGGAACACGUCCGGCUUGGUAAAAUUCAGUAUUGGUAGAGAAAAAGAUCCCGAAAAUAGUGAGGUUGCUCAACUGAUUAAACAGUCAUUAUUGGCUGACAAAGAGAGGGAAGAAAGGCGCCAACGGAUACUCGAAGCUGAACAGCAAAAUGACGCUUCCACACUAAUGAUGGGUUCCGCCCACAGCAGCAUUUCUGAUGGUACUGUGAGCUCAUCUUCGAAUAACGAGACCACCUACGAACACGAAGGACAAGAUAUUAACGAUAUUGAAUCUUUACGAUUGCUGCUACAGGAGAGUCAGCGGAAGCUUAACUCUUCUGAACUUGAAGUUGCACGACUAAAAUUGAAGCUAAUGGAACAGAAUGGAAUCGAUGAUAGUUCAGACAAGUUGAAACAGACCCAUCAAAAACUAAAAGAAGCCGAAAAUAAAUUGAACGUUUCGAGAAAGGAAGUCAUCACAUAUCAGAAUAUGCUGGAACAGUCUCAAGGCCAGUACGUAGUGCUCGAAAAGAAAUACACCAAAGCAAAACGCAUCGUUCGCGAAUUUCAGCAGCGAGAGUUGGAUAUGAUUCACAGGGAAGAAUUUUAUCAGCAGCUCUUGCAGGAGAAGGAUACAGAGUAUAAUUCGUUAGUCAAAAAUCUUAAAGAUCGAAUAAUCGCGCUGGAACAGGAUUUACUGGAUACGCAACAGAAGGCGGGGGUCCCCGUUGGUUUACCGUACGAUAGCAUCUCACUCAAGCAACUCACGCCGCAAUUGAUGAGGCGGCAACCUCCCAAGCCGCUUUUUCAAACUUUAGACGCCGAAUUAUCCGACACCGAAAUAUCGGAUACAAGUCCGGAAGAUGGCGACAAGACCGCUACGGUCGAACGAAAGUUGCCAAUUAAAGAAGAGUUCGAUAAAGCAGUGCCCCCUCACGAACUUCUAGACAUAUCGGCUAGUAAAAGUAAAGCGGAGCUGGCAAACAGAGGCGCCUUGGCGAAUAGGCAGCUACCAAGUGGUAAAAAAGGAUCUCUUAGUAACAGUAGCUCAGACUACGGUCUCGAUGAGAGUUACAAUUCGACAGACGAUCUCUCGGAGAUUGGUUCCCUAAAUCAAAAUGAUGGUUAUACGUCCGAAACAAAAUAUAAUAAUAGUGUCAUAAGGCCUAGCACGUUAAGCACAGAGCAGUCGCAGUGCAAUAACUCCCAAAGUGCAAUUUAUAGUGUGCAAAACCAUUACGGAUAUUCACAAAAUAGUGUUCAGUAUACAAAUCAGCAAACCUCACAGUACAAUUCACAGAAUCAAACAUAUAGUGUACAGCAAAAUAAUCAGCAUAUGAAUACAAAUGUUUUGUAUGCCAGAGUACAAAAGGGUACCACUCACCAGCACCAAAGUAGUCCGGAUCCUUGGCUAGGAGUUCCGAAUAAGAGUGCGAGUUUAGGGUUUUGUCCGCCGCCGUCGCUUGCGGAGCAGUUAAAGCAAGUACUGGCCGAAAGAGAGAAACGAAUAGGUAGCGAGAGCGUGAGCAAUUCGACGGACGAUUUGAGCGAAAAAAACAAAACGGCGCAACACUUACUAGAGGAGAUAAGGCAAGCAGUAAGCGAAGCGAAUGCUCGGGUGAAAAAAGUUGUGCCAGUAACACUAUCACCCCCAGGUACGACGCCUUGGCAACAGCAGGGCGCUACGUCGCCCACGCCGCCGUCGCCCUCCAGUUUAUCGUCGGGUUCGGUUUCUCCUUCUAGACAUGAUUCGUCGUGGACACAUCCCUCUGAUCUCAGUUUAUCUUGUUCGAGUAUUAGUAGCGAGAAGCGAGGCUCACAUUUUUGGCAAUCCGCUCCGGUUUCAGAGUGGAGCAAAGAACAGGUGUGCCAUUGGCUGCUAGCGCUCGGCCUCGAGCAGCACAUAACGAAAUUCCUCGAACUGCAAGUGAACGGUACCGCUCUCAUGCAACUAACCUCGGCCGAUUUUAAGAUACUGGGCAUUUGCGGUGACGAUAAAAAUCGGCUCAAACGAAAGAUAAAGGACCUAAAGAUGCAGGCCGAAAAGGAACGGAAGCAGAUCGAGAAAGACAGGAAGGAGAAGGAGAAGUUGCAGAAGAAGGCGGAUAAGAUGGCGGAGAAGGCUAGUAAGAAGAAAUAAAUAUUUUUUGUGCGCAUAGGACUAAAUUAAUUAAUAUUAUUGUUUAAAGCCAAAUAUUGACUUGUAAAUGGUUAUAGUGUAAGGUAUAGUAGAUUAUUGGUGCAUACUGUUUUUGUACCAGACCUGCCAUAUUAAAUAACGUUUAAGAAAGUAUGUUAACUAUUUACAAGUGGGAGGUUAUGUAGUAGAGUUAAGGCCGAUUGGAUGCGAGGAUUUAGUCAAAAGUGUAACCACAAUGAUACUUACGUGUUUUAGAAGUGGCGAUUCUUAGUUGUAGGCUACAAGUAGUGCUCGUGGUUACUAUUAGAAUUGCGUUAACUUUGUACGCAUCGUAUACUGAGUAUUCUAAACAAUUUGCUGUAUACACUGCGAUUGAUUUAAAUUAACGUUUUAAAUUUAUACAUCACUUUUAUUUAUUGACGAAUGAAAUUUUUUAAUGUGCAUCACCAAUUUAUUUAAACCAUUUGUAUUAGAUUCACUAAAAAUGUAAGAUAGCUGUCAAUCACACUGUAUAUAGAUUUUUAUAAUUAUUUUUAAACUUGAUUAGGAAUAAAGUUCGUGUACUGAGGUAAAUGUUGCAUACUCUUUAAUGUAACGGUACUAAAAUCUUUAACUGUAUUAAUUCGGUACUUAGAUUUUCCGCCAUACACAGGGUGUUUGGAAAUGAUUACUCUGCGCCUUGCUUCUAUUGUUCCUUUUUUCAAUUUUAGCUCAUAAUUUUAAUUUGUGAUCUUUGUAAAGUACUAAUUUAUUGAGUUUUUAAAUUUUUUUUGUUCUUGUUUGUUUUAGAUGAUUAUUUUAAUUAUUAAUGUAAAUUGCUGCUGCAGUAUUCUUAAAUUUUUUAAUUGUUUCUAGCUAAAAGCGACUAAUGCGCAUUUGUUAUCUUUAAAUUUUGUGUUAAUUAAUUAAUAGUACAAAACUCGAGUCACAUAUAUUUCUACACAUAGUGCACAGUUUUUAUUUGGGACCAAAUAUGUUUAAUUUCAUUAUAAUUUAUUUGCUCAAUUUGAGUUAUCAGUUUACACAUAUCAAAUUUGUUUUUACUGGCAGCUUAUUUUAUUCACAUGUACCUAAUUGUGAUU